AUGGCCGGCGAAAGCUCACCAAGACGAUUGUCGCAGAUCUUCGACCCACUGAUGAGUCUGAGCGAACUGCAGGCCCAGAUUCAGCAGCAACAGCACCAGCUGGCCCAUCUGAAGUAUGCCGGUAGCGUUGGUGUGGGUGGUUGCCCUACACCACCCUCGCUGGCCCCCUCAUCCUCCACACAAACGUUCUCCUCUGGGUCGGGAACACUGCAGCACCAUCACACUGGAGGUGGCGCAAGUGGCCACUCGAAUGGUGGCACCGGAAGUUACUACCACACGGCCGCAUCGUCCUCGACGUCCUUGUCGUCGGUGUCGAACCAAAGCACGAAGCUUAGCUCGAGCAGCAGCACCGGGAGUUACAUUGGCAGUGGAACGCUCGGUUCCGGGGGCAGUGGAAGCACGGGGGGUGGUGGUGGUGGGGGUGGAGGACCCAGUGGAGGAGUUAUUCCGGUGGGGCCGGGAGCAGGACUGCCCAUACCACCACCGCACGUGCUAGGGAGGAUAAUGAUGGGCUCACGAUCGACACCCAACAGCCCACGGUUGAUGAGCCGUCGUAAUGGGGGUGGUGCGGGUGGUGCGAAGCCACCUCCCAUCCCCCAGAAACCGUCCGCGGCUUACAUCGCGAAUCCUUCGCUCGUGGCGCUCGAUUGCGAUGCACCGUGGCCUCCGUUUAGCAGCCUCGGGCAUGAUUCGCUCUCGAUGCUCGAUGCUCACCAGGGUGUGGGUGGUGGUGGGAUUGGAGGCGGGGGUGGGUUCCUUCAUCAUCAACCGGAGAUCAACUGGCAGGAGCGUUGUUUGGAGUUGCAGCUGGAGUUGCACCGGUCCCGGAACCAGGCUGGACGUGUGCGGGACAUGCUGCGGGAAAAGCUCUCCGAACUGGAGCAGCGCGUCAUUGAAGCAGAAGAACGCGCCGAAGAAGCCGAAGAUAAGGUGCGGGCCAUGGAGCAACGACUGUGUGACUGGCCCAAGUCGCAGAACUUAACCGGGCCGUCACCCUCACCGAGCAGCAAUCCGGCCGCAGCAACAGGAUCGCAGCAGUCGAUCGCGGCAACAGGAGCAGUCCCAGGACCAGGGCACGGUAUCACCGAUCCGCCCAAGGGUACCGAUCCGGUGAAGAUCAGUCAGCUCGAGUCGGCCAUCGAGGAGCAGAAGCAGUUGCGCCUGCAAGACGCCCGUCAGGUCGGCGCAAAAGCCGCCAAGAUCAAGGAGUGGGUCACGAACAAGCUGCGCGAGCUCGAGGAGCAGAAUCAGCUGCUGCGCGAGCAAAACAUCAAGUGCAACCAGCAGUUGGAACUGCUGCGGAACCACAUUGCAACGCAGAGCACUCGCCACAGCAGUGUCGCUCCGACGCAACCUGUCCGGAAUAGUCUGAGUCUGGACGUGCAGGACGUGAAGCGACGCAGUGGUCGACGGCGCAGUGAAUCCCUCGAUCCGCCCGAGCACCGGUCUCUUCACGCCGGUAGCUCCGGUUCCGGCUCGCACCAUCACCCGCAUCAUCACCAUCAUCAUCAUCAUCAUCACCGGCGUAACCUUUCGAUGGAACCGCAAGAGCUGGCUCGGGAUCUGGCCGCGGCCGUUGACGGACUGAACCUGCUGCCGUUGGGAAGCCAGCAGUCGCAUCAGGCAGUGGCUCAACCGCAGACUUCGGUUCAUCACCAGCAUCACCAUUCACCGGCACCGCAUCAUCAACAUCCGGCUCCACCACCACCGGGAGUUGUCGGGGCCAGUCCCAACUCGGAUGUGGAUGCGGUGCACGAUUACGCGGAGAUUUACACACCAUCCCGGGAAAAGGCUCCCGUCUGGUUGAAAGGCUUACCGAGUGGAGGAUCCAGCACGACCACGUCAGAUUCGGUGGCUGAUUUAGGUACGCCACGGCCACCAACACCACCACUGCAUCGGUUCCCGAGCUGGGAAGCAAAGAUCUACCAGGUCGCGAACGAUGGACUGGCUGAGACUGGUGGAGGUAGUAACGGAGCCGGGGAGGAAACCGAAUCCCAGGAUCAAGAGUCCGGUUCCGGAGGAGGCAACACCCGCUCUCAGACCGUCUCCGGGGGUUACUGUGAUAUCAGCGUGCCGGUGUACGCCACCGUUAAAGGGCGCGCUUCCCAAAUCCGCUCGAUGCCGUUUACCGGUGAUUCCAGCGAUGACAGCAGCGAUGGUGAAGAUGGCCACGGUGCGAUGUUGACGUGCGCCACGUCGACACACAACUCGCACAACUCCACCAGCACGGACAACACGGAGACGAGCACGUCCGGUAGUGCCUCUAGUCCCUCGAAGAGCCUCAAAACCUCAUCUAGUCUCAGCCCAGCCAAACGUUCCGGUUCGGAAAGUCCCAAGAAUAAGGGUCGAGUAAUUUCCGAACUGUCGUUUGAAUCAGGCCUCUCGGAUGACUACGCCAUCCCUCCGGAUGCGGUCUCAACCGUCGACACGACGUGCAUGGACGCGUCGAUGCCGUCGCUGCUGAUGCGCACAUCGUACGCAGACUCACCGAACAAAAAGAUGGAAACCCUCGAGAAGGUGGGCCACCUGGCGAAGUUGGGUGGUAAGCUGAAGACCUGGCGCAAGCGCUGGUUCGUCCUGAAGAACGGCACGCUAACGUACUGGAAGAGCCAGCACGAUGUCAACCGGAAGCCACAGGGUCAGAUCGCGUUGGACGAGGCGUGUCGCAUCAACCGAGCCGAUGGAGCGUCCACUUUCGAGAUCGACACCGGUAAGAAGGUGUACUAUCUGACGGCUGACUCGAACGCGACCAUGGACGACUGGAUACGUGUGCUGCAGAACGUGCAACGAAGAAACGCAACGAAGCUGCUUCUGAGUCGGGACGAUCAGAAACCCACCGUUCAAGGUUGGGUGACGAAAGUGAAGAACGGCCACGCUAAGAAGUGCUGGUGUGUGCUGCUGGGCAAGAUGUUCCUGUACUUCAAGGCGCCCGGCGAGACGAACCCGCUUGGACAGAUCAACAUGCGAGACGCCCGCGUAGAGGAAGUGGAACACGUGUCCGACUCGGACUCGGAGGAACGCGAAGAUCCUGCGCAAAGCCAAGCCCGCCUUACUGUGGCCAUCUAUCCUCAGCAACAGGGAGUGGGCCCAACAUACUUGAUACUGCCCGGUAAGCAGGAACGCGACAACUGGCUCUAUCAUCUGACGGUCGUUUCCGGAGGUGGUCCCAACGCCGGCACACAGUACGAACAGUUGAUCCAGAAGCUGAUGGAAACCGAUGGUGAUCCAAACUGCGUGCUCUGGCGACAUCCAAUUUUGCUGCACACUAAGGACAACAUAACGUCCCCACUGACCUCGUUGCAUUCCGAAACGCUGCAGGCGGAAGCGAUCAAGCUGUUCAAGAGCUGCCAACUUUUCUUGUCUGUCGCGGUCAACCAGCCCGGCAUCGACUAUCACGUGGUGUUGGCACAAAACGCACUCCAGCAGUGCCUGGACAUGCCCGAGCUUCAGUCGGAGCUGAUCUGCGCGUUGAUCAAGCAAACGUCCCGCCAUACCGGCCAGAAGCUGGGUGUAGGUGUCCAGGUAAACAAGAAACUGGCCAAACCCGCUCGUCAACUACUGCUUUGCGCAACCCAGAGUUUGUUCACUUGCGAUACGCAGCAGGGCAGCGUUGCCCAAGCGAAUGGGAGCUCACCCACUUCCAUUCAGGCCCCAACCGUUCCUCCAAUCGAUUGCAAAUCGAAUCCACCGACCUACACCUUCAUACAGGGCUGGCAACUGCUGGCGUUAGCCGUAUCGCUGUUCGUUCCCAAAAACAGCCGGCUUCUCUGGUAUUUAAAGUUGCAUCUCUCGCGGAACGCCGACUCGAAAACGGAGUGUGGCAAGUAUGCGGCGUACUGUGAGCGAGCCCUCGAACGCACGAUGCAAAAUAGUGGCCGCGAAACGAAGCCCUCACGCAUGGAGGUACUGUCGAUCCUGCUGAAAAAUCCGUACCAUCACUCGCUGCCACACGCCAUUCCAGUGCACAUGAUGAACACCACCUACCAGGUGGUGUCGUUUGAUGGUUCAACUACGAUCGAGGAGUUUCACUGCACACUGGCACAGGAAAUCGGCUGCCGUGACUCAACGAACGGUUUCACGCUGUUCAGUGAUGAUCCGAUCGAAAAGGACCUCGAGCACUAUCUGGAUCCCCAGGCAAAGCUGUGUGAUGUAAUCUCGAAAUGGGAAACGGCGCUCAGAGAGAAGGGUUCCGGCAAAUUCGAAAAUUCUCGCGUCAUCCAGCUGACGUACAAGAACCGACUCUACUGGAAGCAUGCCGCCAAGCUGGAAACAGAAAAGGAACGGCUGCUGUUGUGCUACCAAGUUAACCUGCAAGUGGUACAAGGACGAUUCCCGUUAUCGCGUGAUCUAGCGCUGGAGCUGGCCUCGCUCAUGGCACAGAUCGACAUGGGCGAUUACUCGUCGGACAAGUCGAAAACCAACUCCCUGCAAGCGCUAGACAAAUUCUAUCCCUACCGCUAUAGGGACGCGCUGAACCAGGAAGGUUUGAAGGAGUUGCAAGACCUGCUCUCCGUCAAGUGGUCACUCUUGCGCAGUCGUUCGGUACUGGAUUGCGUGCGUAUCUAUCUGACGUGUGCUCGCAAGUGGCCCUUCUUCGGGGCUGCUCUGUUCCAGGCGAAACCACGCCACUCUGAUCAGGCAAUGGCAUGGCUGGCCGUUUCGGAGGAUGCCCUCAGCGUGCUCGAACUUUCAUCAAUGGCCACGAUCGCGCGCUAUCCGUACAGCUCGGUGAUGACGUUUGGCGGGUGCCAGGACGAUUUCAUGUUGGUCGUCAGCGCCGAGGACACGCUCCAGUCGGUGAACAACGAGCAGAAGCUGCUUUUCGCAAUGAGCAAACCGAAGAUACUGGAAAUCACUCUCCUGAUAGCGGACUACAUGAAUGCGCUCGGGCACACACUGCCUGGCACACCACAAAUGAACACUCUGACGCGCAACGGAAGCCACCGAAGCAUACGAUCCCGCGCACUGCCCGGCUCACUGACCGGAACGCCCGCCCACAACACGCUAAACUCCCACGCCACCCACGCCAACAACACGCUAACCUCCCACUCGCACACACUUAACUCCCACGUCAGCCAUACGCUCAGCUCCCACGGCCAGCCGGACAUCCUGAAAAGCACACCGGACCACCAGCGGCUCAAGUGA